CAUUAUCAGGACCACCUCCUGAAACUCUGGCAAAUAUUUUACCUAGCUUUGAAGCUCAAGUACAAGUGUAAGUUGGAACUAGCCUCAAGUUUUAACUCUAGCAGAACCUUUCAUAACUUUUAUUUGCUGUACUGCUUCCAUUUUCCUUCUAUCUGAUCCCUAAAACCCUUUUUCAAUAUUUGCUCGACCUAAUUUCAAUAUGAAUGUUGGUAUCGAAGCAACCAAUGUUCCCUUUUUAAAUAAGAGAUCUGGGAACCUCCACUCCCAUUCAAGUAAUGGUAGCACUCCCAAAGACUUGAAUCCAUUCGAUUUCACUGCUUUGAGUUCAAAAUUACCUCCUAACACCGGCCCUCCUGGAACUGUGCCGGUAUCUUCCAAUGGAUCCAAUUCGAAUAAGAAUUUGAGCCACGUUCCUUGUAAGUUUUACAAACAAGGUAUAUGCCAAGCUGGAUCAUCUUGUCCAUUCAGUCACAACUUGGAUGGAACCUUGGGAGCUGACAAAUUACCCUGUAAGUACUUCCAAAAGGGUAAUUGUAAGUUUGGAUUGAAAUGCGCUUUAGCCCACUUCUUACCAGACGGAACCCGAGUCAAUUCCAAAGGAUAUAUGAAUGGAGGUAAGAAGUCGAACGGAAACUCGUCCCAUUCCGGAAACUAUAACUCAAAUUCGUCGGUGUCAAUAUCUCUGUUCCAAACCCAGCCAAUUGAUAUUGGCAACUUCAACAAAAACGUGAAUUCUCCCAACAAGUCCGCUAAUGGUAAUUUGGGGAGCAAUAAUAACGGAUCAUCUCAGUCAUCUAGAGUGUCCCAGACAAUAAAUUAUACUCCGACCUCAUCAUCGAUGUCUUUGGAGAACAAUACCCAGGCCAGUUUCAACUCAGCGCUCAAUUAUUCUACUUCAGUUUAUUCCCACCAUGCCGGUUCUAUCAAUGUGGGCUCGUACGGAGUGACAGGUACUUUGACACCUAGUAGUAAUCCCGUUACUACAACUACCCCAAGAAGUGCAUUUGCUUCUACGAACGCGUUUGGAUCGCUUUCUGCAAGUACCUCCCCAAUUGGAUUAACGCAAGACUUGUCAAACUCUCCUCAACAGUCAAACUUUUUCAGCAAGAAUCAACCCAUCUCAUAUUCUCCUACGAACAAUCUCAGUUUGCAAAUUUCGAGGUCGUUUUCUUCAAAGCUUCCAGCGUCUCAUGGAUCUUUUAGUUCGUACCUCAAUGUCUUUAGUGAGUCUGCAAUCAUAGAUGAUGAAAUUAAAGACACUGUUGACGACGGUUUUUUUGAAGAAGAUUACGUUCCUGCAUCUUUAGGAGAUGAUAUUUUGACUCCACAACAAGUUCAAAGACGAGAUUCAAGGUCCCAGUCAGGAACUUUAUUGGUAAGACCUAUUUUUAAAACAAGGGACAGUAAAUUUGACAACGAAUAUGAUGAACAAAAGAAAUCUGUAUUCGUACAAGAUGAUGUUUUCUUAAUGGAAUGAUUUAUUUGGUAAUAUGAUGAAGCUUUUGUUGGUUUGGGAUUCUCUUGGGAAUGGUAAUUUGGAUUUGAAAAGGGAUCAACUUUGGUAAUACAAAGAAAACAAGAAGUUGGUUGGUUUGGUUUAGUUAGAUAACUUAUAUUGUAUAUGUUUUAGAAGUUUAAUUGUUUUUUGAUAUAUACAAAUAUUUACAGGUUUACGGUUUUUGGAUUGGCUCUAAAGAUAUCUGAAGUUUGUCUUUGAAACUCUUGCAUAGCUCUGGUUUCCUGAAAGUUAAGGUCAGGUUGGAUACCUCUUAUAUUGUCAGAGUCAAAGAUCUUUCCAACCAAUACUAACUCAUCACUGAAAGGGUUCAACGUGUAGACCAAAUUGUCAGAUACUUCCUUUUCGGUUUCUUUCGUAUCUUUUCCGUUGGUAAAUGUUACCUUUUGCUUGGUUUUCACCUUUAUCACCAUUUGGACGUAGGUAGUAACAUCAUUUCCAUCCGGUAAAAUAGUAAAAGAACUGACUUUAGGAUUCUCUUCUAUAGAGAGAAGUUCCCACUUCAACUUUCCAAUAUCAGGAAACGAUUUUGCUCUUUCAACUAAGCUCUGGGUGACUAAGGUACCAGUAUUACCUUCCAAUUUCAAGUUCAAAAACUUUUGCCUCCUUUCCUUUGGCAAAGAACAGCCUUGAGCAAAUGCCUUGUUGGUUCUAACAAACUUCUCCAUCGCAUCUUCUUUCCAAUUAUUGAAUCUGAGCUUCAACUUUGUAUCCUGCUUGAAUUUCACAAUAUUGUAUGUAUUGAUAGCAAAGGCACCCAAUCUUCUGAACAAUAAACGGUGCCAACAUAGAACUGAAUAUUGGGUUAACUUAGGUGGAACGUAAAAGUCUGCAAUGGUAGCUAUGCUCUUUACUGGAAUUUGAGAGAUAUCGGUUUGAGUUUUGGUUUUCUUCUUCGGUUUGACUUCCAGGCCUGAAGCAUAGGUCCUGAAUCCUAAUAACAAAGGUUGUAUCCCUCUAUGCUUAUGGACUACGCAUGAACCUCCUAUUUUAAUCAUUUGUGGCGUG